UCGCUUGUUUGAUGAACAUCAGCAGUUAUGUAAAGUAUGUUACUGACUCCCAACUACUCUCUGGUCAGCAGAUGUCGCUCUUUGUGAUGCGGUUACUUUAACAUCAUGUAUCCGCAUUUAGGCUAAAACCAAACCAUUAUAAAUUUGAACUUUAGUUAUAUUAGGUAUGACGAUAAUCAGUAUUCCUAUGUUAAUUUGUGUAGUUAUGUAACGUGACGUUUGUCAAAGUGCUCUGUCAGAACUACCUUAAAUGAACACGUUUAACUAUGUUUUUUUUUUUUUUUUUUUUUUUAAACACUUUAACAGUUUUCCUCCUUGUAGAGUAAAAUAGUUCUUCUGUGGUUUGGAGCCCGGUGUUGCAGCUCUAUAGAUUUAAUGCGGUCCUCCUUCAACAGCGUUUUUUUCCUUCUUCUUCUUCUUCUUCUUUUUCUUUCUUCUUCGUCUUUUUUUUUCUUUAGAGGCAGAGCAGUGAAUGUGACCUGAAUGCAGGGCAUGACUUAAUGGGAUGAGACGCAAAACUCAUUCAAAACAGUCUCUUGAAGACUCCGAAAUGCUUUCGCAGCCUUAGUCAUCGCAGCCAUAUGAUUUCUCUGGCCUCAGCGGUUUCCGUGUGAACCUGUUUCGGUUUUUGGAGCGAUGCCUUGGCUACAGUGAGAUGCGAUUUUGAGGAGGGACAGUCAUGGAUUUUGGAUUUCGUUUGUUUCGUUAUAACGUGAGGUCGCCACCGAUAAAAGACCAUGGAGUGAUCGGCAUACAGUAGCGGGGUUUGGGGAGUGAGGAGAACGACCCUUCGGUGCGUCGGUUGCCCGUGUCAGAGCUCCAGUUCUGCGUUUUUUUCUGUUGACGGAGCCUCUUGGCAAUCGGCAUUAUUUUCUGUCCGUCUGUGGCUCGUAGGGGAGGCGGAGAGAGAGCCGCGGUGGAAGGCGGCGUAUUAGCGCUAUAGCUGCCGAGCAGAAAUAAUUGUUUUAUUUUAAUUUUUAAUAUUUUUUAAAUUUUUCUUUUCUUUUCUUUUCUUUCUUUUUUUUUGAAGGGGUGGGGGGAAUGAAACGUGGCUUUUGUUUUGCGAGCGGACUACCAAACUUGUGGUUCACUGCAGCAUUUUGCGUCUUUUCUCUCCGCUGCAGAUGAUACAGAAAACCAUCAUAGCGGUACCCCACCACUGCAAUUUUUGGGCAAAGAUAAGAGUGGCGUCGUCUUGCAGUUAAGGCUACUAUGGCAGCAUAGGAAGCAUCUUCUGGAGAGAGUGAAACCGCCGAUUCCUUGCUUAGCAUGUCUACGAUGCCUUAUUAUUAGUAGAAAGCAGUGACUGGAUUUGAAACCCAGCGUCAUCCCGCGGUUCCAGAGCUACUGUUUACCCACUGAAAAUCACCCGAAAAAGCAGCGGAUCCCGAUGGCAUGGACACUUAUGCAAGGUCUGCCGCGCUGUCGUGCUACUGGAGCCUACUUGCUGUCUCUUCAUUCAACCCAGCUCCAUCGCCAUCGCCCCGCAGCCGAGAGAGCCCUGCCGCAACGCGACCAGCGACCACCGAGCCAAAGCAGGCGGCAUGAGGCUUGAUUCAGUACAUUUAUCCAUGCUGGUCAUCGGGGUCUCAUUCGCCUGCUACUCCCCGAGUUUGAAUUCCCUGCAGGACCAGGCUUACAAAUCCGCCGUGGUGAUCGAGGGCAAGGUGCAGUCUACGCCUGUGAACGUCUCUGCGGAGCCGUACCGUGUGAAUGUCAAAGUGCUGGAUGUUUGGCCCCUAAACAGCGGGGGUCUGGAGCGAGAACAGCUCGUCACCGUGGGGGAAUUUGGAUCUGAGGCUCCGUGCACCAAAGUGAAGAAAAACCACAAGUACAUUUUUUUCAUGGACCCCACUGACGAGCCCUUGGUUUUUAAGGCAUCGUUCGCGCCUCUUGACACCAGUGGAAAGAACCUAAAAAAGGAUGUUGGAAGGAUCUUGUGUGAGGACUGCGCUGCGGCUCCAAAGUUAAAACCGAUGAGGAAUCCAAUGAUAGUGGACGAGGGAAGCAAGCUCACGGUUAGGUGCGAGGCCACAGGAAGCCCUGCCCCUACCUACAGAUGGUUCAAAGAUGGCAACGAGCUGAAGGAAAGCAAAAAAGUCAGAAUAAAGAACGGCAAGAAAAACUCCAGAGUCCAGAUCAGCAGAGCAAAACUGGAGGAUUCUGGGAAUUACACAUGUGUGGUGGAGAACCCGCUGGGAAAGGACAACUCCACUGGCACUGUUAACGUCCAAAGCAUGACCACUACACCAUCUCCAGGCUCAGGCCAUGCCAGAAAAUGCAACGACACAGAGAGAGCCUACUGUGUGAAUGGCGGCGACUGUUACUUCUUCCAUGGUAUAAAUCAGCUUUCCUGCAAGUGUCCAAAUGACUUUACUGGUGAUCGCUGUCAAACCUACGUUAUGGCCAGUUUCUACCAGCAUCUUGGGAUUGAAUUUAUGGAGGCAGAGGAACUCUACCAGAAAAGAGUCCUGACAAUCACGGGUAUUUGUGUGGCUCUGUUGGUCGUGGGCAUCGUGUGUGUGGUUGCCUACUGUAAAACCAAGAAACAAAGAAACAGGAUGCACAAUCAUCUGCGACAAAACAUGUGUCCAGAACAUCCCAAUCGUAACUUAGCUAAUGGACCCAAUCACCCAGGACCCGGCCCGGAGGAUAUCCCUAUGGUAGAUUACAUAUCAAAGAAUGUCCCUGCGACUGAACGUGUUAUACGGCCUGCUACAGAGGGCUCAUUUCCUGCCAGUCAUGCCUCUUCCAGAUCUCACAACUCUUCCACACGAGCUCAUUCAUCAACUCACAGACAUGAGGAACGGACAUGGAGCCUGGAACAUUCUGACAGUAUCCUCUCUGACUCGCCGGGAAUGAUGUCAUCAUCCGUGGGGACCAGUAAAUGCAGCAGCCCUGCGUGCAUGGAGGCUCGAGCACGGCGCGCUGCACACUGUGGUUACUCUGACCCCCAUCGGCCGAGGCUGCAGUACGGGGACUCCUUCGACUCGCUGGGAGACUCUCCGCACAGCGACAGAUACGUAUCAGCCCUGACAACACCAGCCCGCCUAUCCCCAGUGGAUUUCCAUUACUCAUUGCCCCCGCAGGUGCCUACCUUCCAGAUCACAUCCCCCAAUGCCAGCCACGCCAUGUCGCUCCCUCCUGCUGUUCACAAUCCCUACCCCCUGGAGGAUGACCAGCCUCUGCUGCGCCGCUACCAGGUGCCCCUACACGAUGCUCAUUGCCAGGAGCCUUACCGGCAGCAGCGUCGAACCUAUCUAAAUGACAGCAGGGGAAGCCUUCCCUCCAGCCCCUACCGGCUGGCUGAGGAUGAAGACUAUGAGACCACCCAGGAGUAUCUGUCCUCUCGGGAGCAACCAAAGAGAAGUGGGUCCAGUGGAACUGGAAGCCGGCGCUGGCGGAGAUCCAGACUGAAUGGCCACGUGGCCCCACGAGGAUACGAGGCAUCUCGGGACUAUGGGUCUCGAAGCUGUCUAACAGAUAGUGAGUCAGAGGAGGACGGCGAGAGCACGCCCUUCCUCAGUAUGCAGAACAUGAACGCCGAGCCUUCCACCAUCUACAGGCCGGCGGACAGUCGGACUUCUAACUCGUCAGGGCGACACAGUGGGCAUGGGAACACGCAUACGAGACUCACACAGUCACGCUCCAAACCGGACAAUACACCGCAUUAAAGAGUGAUAAUGAACCGACAAAAAUCAAUAUAGUAUAGACCUGCAUCUAUAAGAAAUAUUUUUAUUUUAUAUAACUGACAGAUAUUCUAAACAAAUGAAAUAUUUAUUUUCAUUUUAGCAAAAGUUGUCUACUAGUUAACAGCAAAGACUUUUUUAUAGGGAAAACUCUAUUUAUAUGUACAUUUUGAUUUACAGCAUAAAAAGAUGUGCCAGUUUUUUCACAAUGUUAAAAAAUAGAGUAAUAUUGUGGUGCCUUUUGCUGUAUGCCGAUGCCAGAGGGCCAGUGGAGGUUUUUGUAGCCUUUCUUAUAUGGACGCCUCAUUUUUUUAUACACAUUUAUGUUUUUGUUUUUCCUCUCUGGUUUCCUGUUUACUUUCUUUCCAAAUUGCAUUCUUCGAGAAGUCUAACCCCUUCCAUAUCACGCGAUAUAAACCACUUCAACAUAAAGUGUAUGUUUACAUAUGAUAAUAUGAUUCGCCUGUAGGGUUUUCUUUUAUGAUUUGGGAUUUAUUAGAACGCCUCAUAAAUGCGAUGUAGAUUCUUUUCUUUUUUCUUUUUUUUUUUUUUUGCCCGCUAACUAAUGUCUACCAAGAGAAAGAGAGUCACAGAGAGUGAGAAAUUGUGUUGCGUGUGCAUAAAUGUCUGCGAGUGUGUGUGUGUGUGUGUGCGUGUUGCUUGCAUGCGUUUGUGACUGUUAGAUGAACUUCACUGUUUGUUGUGGUAACAUCAAAUGUGUGGGUCUACUGGCGUCUCAGGAGAGUGAGAGUAAAGAGUCUCGGAGGUUCACAGAAAAGUGGUUAAUCAGAACAGUGACCCCAGUGUAGGUGAGCAGGCAAGGCUGCUGUAGGGUUGUAUGUUAUGCAGGUCAUUGCUUGAUGUGUUUACAGCUAUUCUGCCCCUCCCCAGCCUGCCCCAUUUACGUCCUUUUUUUUUUUUUUUUGAAAAUGAUUAUUUCCCAGCAGGUUUUCCUUGCUUUAGCCUGGUAUGUGGCCAACAAACACUGAGCCACUUGGCACAGGGUGACCCCUGCUGUCAGAGGCAGUGGCAAAACAAAAAGAUUGCGUCUGUUUUCACUCGAACCCCAAGUCCCACGCCUAAUCAUCCUUCUGUGUCCAUUCUGUUUUCGUGGCUCACGUUUAAGGCCACCAGCGUCUCAGGAGUUCCACAUGCAUCCCCCCCGCCUCCCCUUCACCUCAAGUCCUGCUCAACCUCUUCCUCAAGUUUAGGCCUACCUAAGAUUCAAGUUCUCAGAUGCUGAGGACCUAUAUGUUAACACGCAGUUACUAGUUUCCCGAUCAUUCCCAUGCAGAGAAAAGUAGAGUCAGGUGGAAGCAGCUCAGUGGAUCACAGUACAGAGCAUACUAGACAAUAUUAAUGAAAUAGCUGUGAAACUUUGGAGGAUCAUAUGAUGCAAAAAUAUGCAAACUUUCUAUUUUGCUGUUUGAUUACAUCAUUUUCUAAGAGGUGACUGUAGUGUGUUGUGUGGAAAAAAUGUGAUGCCUAUAGUGUAGAAUGAAAUAACAUGAUACAAAUGCAUAUUUACCUGAGUUAUUUUUUUUAAAGCCAUUAUGCAGCCGUCUAUCAUGUUUUCAGCCUUUCUUGUUCACUUAACGUCACGUCCAUUGAAUGACUGUGUCUGUGAAUUAUUUUAUCACUUGGCUUAGAUCCCUCCAUCUUACGUGCAUACGUCCCAGUAAUAGCCGAUAGAAUCCGAAUAGUUUCUCCUCUGAUAGUAAUGUGUACUGCUUUGUCUUGUUGACAGAUGGAGUCAUUUAAAAUUUAGCCUGUAAAUGAUGAUUUUGAAAGUGAAUAAAUUCAUUUUAAGCCCUUUGUCCUCCACUGAGGGAGAAGUAAAUAUUUGAAAGAUAUCUCAAAGUCACAGCCGUCAGCGUGGCUCGCAGAGAAAGGACAGCUGAUGUUUCAUCUCUGUCGGUACAUUUCUGCUCCUCCUUAUUAAAAAUAAUGGAAUGCUGCGAUUAGGGGGGAAAAAAUGCCUUUUAAACACUGAUCUGCAAUUCUGACUGGUAUAUGGUAAAUGCACAGUGGCACUGCAAUAGAGGAUGUUCUCUGGUCACACAUCGGUCACAACAUGCAGAUGUUUUCAUUGAGUUUCUCUCCUCUGGGUCUAAUUUUGUAUGUCAGAAAAGUGCAAAAGAAGACUUCACCUCCAGUUUAAAUGUGACAGCCCCUUCACCCCGCCAGUCCUCUCACCCACUUGAGAUGCUACCGGGCACGUCCAAUCAGCCUCUUCUGUUGAAAUUUAUGACCCCCCCACCCGACCCCACCCUCGCUUGAAAUGUUUGAACACCUCUCCUCUGCAUGUCCUUGUGGUCAAGGUUAGAUGGGUGCAUGGUUUAAAAAAAAAAGAGAUUUAAAAAAAAAAUCACACAAAAAAAGCAGCAGACAAUUCUUUUCCAGUCAGUGAAAGUGUAUUUCAUUUAACAUUCAGCAAUAAAAAAGAACCUUUCCCCCAUGUCAUUCCUGAAAUAUGCUAGAAAAAAGAAAAAACUUGCGAGAUUGUCAUAGAUUGUAAAAUACAAUGAAAAAUGAAUCCACCUGUUCAUAUGAGAAAAUAAAUCUUUAUUCAUAUCA